AUGUCCGCCGCGGCCAAGAAACUGGUUGUCUGUGGAGGCAAUGGCUUCCUGGGCUCAAGGAUCUGCAAAUACGCCGUUGCCCGCGGAUGGGAUGUAACCUCUAUAAGCCGUUCCGGUGAUCCCCGGUGGGAAAACGUCACAUCAUCCCCUUCUCCCCCAUCAUGGUCUCAUCAGGUGAGCUGGGAGCGAGGCGAUAUCCUUCGUCCCUCUACCUAUGCUCCGCUUCUUAAAGGGGCCAACUAUGUAGUUCAUAGUAUGGGUAUUCUGAUAGAGGCCGACUACAAGGGUCUUGUGUCGGGCAAGGAAUCGCCCAUAACUGGCCUGCAGAAAGUGUUUGCUUCGACCCGAGACCGUGGCAUCAAACCACUCCAGGCCAAAUACGGGGAGGAUAUCAAGCCGGCCAACGCCAAUGACCAGUUUUCGUACGAGGUCAUGAACAGAGACAGCGCUGUUGCCCUUGCCAAGCACGCCGCCGAGGAGAAGGUUGGCGCCUUCUGCUACAUCUCGGCCGCCGGCGGUGCUCCGGUCCUCCCGCAGCGCUACAUCUCCACGAAGAGGGAGGCUGAGGCCAUCGUAACCUCGAGUUUCCCCGACAUGAGAGGUCUGUUUAUCCGGGCACCUUUCAUGUACGACAGCUCGCGCAAAUUCACUCUUGCCAUGGCCGCUGCUGCGGGGGGUGGUGCCAUCUUCAACCAGCUCACUGGCAAGUACUUCCAGAACCUCAUCGGUGCCGGCGGGGCGAAGCCUCUCAAGGUUGAUACUGUUGCGGAGGCGGUUGUUGAAGCUCUGAGUGAUGAAGAAAUCAAGGGCCCUGUCGAGGUCCCCGAGAUUGAGGACCUCUCAGCCAAGGCAUGGCGUAAGACAAUGCUCUGA